AUGCAGAAAACAACUGGAAAUGACGCAAUAUAUACUGUGAUACUAGAAGGCUGCGAUUUUGAGGUUGAUCUUCCCGUGGUCAAACUAAAUUUGGUAAAAUGCAUGAACGCUGGGAACACUGCUCGGUUUCAAAGCGUCACUGACGACGAUCUGCAGGACUUUGUUGUCAAACAGAAAAACAAAAGUACUGUUAAUAAAACUUUCUAUGACUUGAAAUUACUUUCCUCCUACCUUCACAGAGUAAAUGAAAUGCAUGAAAUCAGCGAAAUCCCCCAAAAUGAGCUUUACAAUCUCUUGUGUAAAUUCUUUGUCUGUGUCAAAAAACCUGAUGGCUCCAGCUAUGAGCCCACAACUCUCCGCGGAUUCCUUGGUAGCUUUGAACGAUAUCUACGUGAUCAAAACUUCGGGUAUUCUUUGAUUCAUGGGCCUAAGUUUGCUAAACAGAAACAACUAAAAUGUGAAGGCCUGGGAAACAAACCUAAGAGAGCUGACCCCAUUACGGAUGAGGGAAUAAGUCAGCUUUGGGAAACAAAGCAACUGGGAAAAGCAUCACCUGAAAGCAUCAUCAACUCGCUCUGUUUUUUUAACACUGUAAACUUUGGGUUACGGGGAAGUGAUGAGCACAGGACACAGGCUUCUCAGUACACAUUCUAUGGCGGCUUGAACAACAUGUUCGCUGGAAACAUUCUUGGUGGAACCUUCAACAUCAACAUCCAGGCAGUACCGAGUAAAGCUUCGACAUCAUCAUCUGCAUGUUGCGAUACUCCAUUUACACCACGAACGCCGCAGAAUCAUCGUAGAAAGCGAUAG